CCCUACCUCCGCCCCGGCCGCUCGGGCUCCCGGGGAAGGUCCGCGCUGCGCUCCAUCGCCCCCGCGUCCCGGGCGCACGCCCUCCCGGCGCCCGGCCUCCAGGGUCCCGCGAGCCGCCCCGCGCCAGGGCUCAACCCGAGUCGCGUCCGCGUCGCCGCCGUUCGCGAGGGCCCAGGCCAUGCGCCCCCGCGCCGCCCCCCGCGCCCCCACCGGCGCCGCCGCCGGGGCGCUGGGGCUCUUUAGCUUCCUGCUGCUGCUCCAGCCCGGACACGCGUGCCCCGCGGGCUGCGCCUGCACCGACCCGCACACCGUGGACUGCCGCGACCGCGGACUGCCCAGCGUGCCUGAUCCCUUCCCCCUGGACGUGCGCAAACUGCUGGUGGCUGGUAACCGCAUCCAGCACAUCCCCGAGGAUUUCUUCAUCUUCUACGGCGACCUGGUCUACCUGGACUUCAGGAACAACUCGCUGCGCUCGCUGGAGGAGGGUACGUUCAGCGGCUCGGCCAAGCUCGCCUUCCUCGACCUCAGCUACAACAACCUGACCCAGCUGGGCGCCGGCGCCUUCCGCUCGGCCGGGCGGCUGGUCAAGCUAAGCCUGGCCAACAACAACCUGGCUGGUGUGCACGAGGCCGCCUUCGAGACCCUGGAGUCGCUGCAGGUGCUGGAGCUCAACGACAACAACCUGCGCAGCCUCAACGUGGCCGCCCUAACCGCGCUCCCUGCGCUGCGCACCCUGCGCCUCGACGGGAACCCCUGGCUCUGCGACUGCGACUUCGCCCACCUCUUCUCCUGGAUCCAGGAGAACGUGUCCAAGCUGCCCAAAGGCCUGGAUGAAAUCCAGUGCUCCCUGCCCAUGGAGAACAGGAGGAUAUUCCUGCACGAGCUGUCGGAGGCCAGCUUCAGCGAGUGCAAGUUCAGCCUCUCACUCACAGACCUGUUAGUCAUCAUCUUCUCCGGCGUGGCUGUCUCCAUUGCUGCCAUCAUCUCCAGCUUCUUCCUGGCCACCGUGGUGCAGUGCUUCCAGAGGUGUGCCCCCAACAAGGACACCGAGGACGAAGAUGAGGAUGAGGACGACUGAGCCAUCCCCAACCCUUCCUCACUCUCCUGAACCCCAGCCAGUGGCUCCCCUCCGAGAAGAGAGGGAAAUGCUGAAAGCGAGGAGAACUGACCAUCAGUGACCAGAGGAGUGCAUGCUUCAAGCCUGGCCCCUGGCUGUAUCUGGUAAGACCUCCGAUCUCGGAGUUUAGAAUCCGCAGAGUAGAGGAGCCAAGGAAGGAUUCCCAGAGAAGAGCCUGCCUCGUGGCUUGAGAUGUGUGCGCUGGGCGAAGACGGCUGAGUCAGGCUUUGGAGCUGACAGCUGAGAACAGCGUAGGGGAUGUGAAGACUGGAAGGCCUGACCUGCAAAGAUGACUUUGUCCUAUCCAUUUCUCCUACUUGGACUGGGAGACCAGGCAGCCUCUCCUUCAUCCCCAGAGGCAGCAGCCCAGAUGGUGGGGACUGGAAUUAAAGUCCUGGGAGCAGGACUUCUGUUCCUGAAAUAGGCUUCAGCCACCUUGAGAUGUUUUGCAGAGAACCAACCCAUGUCUGGUUAAAGUGGCACUGAGGAAAAAGCUAAGACCUGGACAAAGGGUGUUUGUCAUUCUGUUUUGGUGAGUGGGUCAGGAAAACUUUGUUGACAGAAUUCAAACCCUGAUGGUUAUCCUGAGAUUGCUGUUGUUGUUUAGACACUUGGUUGUGUCCAACUGUUUGUGACCCUGUGGACUGUAGCUCACCAGCCUCCACUGUCUAUGGGAUUUCCUAGGGAAGAAUACUGGAGUGGGUUGUCAUAUCCUCCUCUGAUCCUAAAAGGUAGCAAUUCAUAAAGGAAGGACAGUUGACUCAUACCUUUGCGAUCUGCUCAGAGUCUUCCCUCUAAAGUACAGCCAGGUGGUUCCCACCUCCCCUGACACCUCCCCCAACCGUGAGUCCCACCUCCGCUAAAUAUCACCUGUUCAUUCUGUGCCAGCACCAUUCCAGACUUGUCAUCUCCAGAACUUGCAAUAAACUUUCCUGGAGGCCAGGAUUCCAAAAAGCAGGUUACCUUGGACCAACAAAAUGUUAAAAAAAAAAAACAAAAAAACAACCCUGGGACUUGGCUUCUGAAAAACCUACAUCAGUGGCCUUAGGGUGUGUGUGACAUUUCUUUGGAGCAUAGGCUGUGACAGGCAGUGUUUUCCAGGAUGUGGAAUGCAGUGCUUUGAUUCAGAGAUGGUAUGAAACGAUGUCACACACCCGGCAGGUUGAUGCAAGGUGAUGGGUAUUAGCAUCAUCGGAUCUUGCUGGGGACUGACACUUAGACAGGGGACUGGUGAGAAGCUCCUGGGAUAUUUCUGGGAAUCAUCUCUCCAUUGUUUCCCAUAAUAUAUUCCUUAUGUUUCUUUCU